CGAUAAUGAAGAAGCUUAGUCAGUAGAUGUCAAAGAUUGCUGGCAGGAAUAGUUUUUAAGAAUCACCACAAAAAUAAGAAAAAAAAAAUACUAAAGCACUUGUUGGCACAGUAAAAACAGAGAGACCUAUUGAAAAAGGAAAAGCAAAAUUGCUUGAUUAUUUUAAGAGGGAAAGAAACUCUUUAGUUUAAACAGCAAAUACAAUCAGAGCUAAAUUAAAAGGGAGUAAAAGUAUUGAUAAUGUAUUUUUGCAAACAUUAAAAAGUGAUAGGGUAAAAACUUCAUAACCUAAUGUAUUUAUUGAUUACUUAAUUUUUUAAUAGAUUGCAGAAUUACGUGUUCACACAGAAGAAGGUAGCAAUUCAAAAAAGGCAAGUUUGAAAAACAAGAAUCUAUCAUUAGCAGCAGUAUCUUUAGAAGUAAAUUAUAAAUAGUAUAAUUUAGAAAAAAGAAUUAGUUAAGCCUCCUUUAACAACUAAAACAUCUUAUAAUUAGUCACCAACAGGUUAAAGUAAACCAAAAUAAAAAAAAUAAAAAUAAAAAGACUAAUAUUUAUUCGAUAUGGUAAAAUAAUUGAUAUAUUUAAGUUGAAAAAUGCUUAAAUAAUUUAAAACCAAUAUUAAUAAUACUUUAAUUUAAAAUUAAAUAAACAAUCAGUUAUUUCAGAUACAUCUACUAAUCAUAGAUAAUCAUUAGAAGAUGUAUUAAUAAAUUAAAAAGGUCUUAAAGGAUCUUCUUAAUAAAUGUAGUAAAAACCAACAAAAAAAUCAGAAAAUGAUUCAAAAUCUUUGAAUUAAGGACACUCAAAAACAGAACAAACUCCAUAGCCUAAAUAAGUAUCUAAAACAAAGAAUGAUGAGUAAUUUGAAUAUGAUCCUAAAAAGAAACUUUAGAUAAUCUUAUAUUAUAAAAAUUCAAAGUAAUAAAUAAUAAAUUCAUAUAGAUAUUAUUACUUAUUUGAUUAUGUUAAUUAAUCUACAUGUGAUCUUUAUAAUUAUUUAAUUUAAUAGAUAGCAAGUAUUGAAAAAAACAAUACAUAAUCAUGUGGAGGUACAGGUUCAACAGAUGAUGAUUAAAUUUAAGCUGGUAUAAUAUUAUAUAUAAUUUUAGAGAUCAAAAAAAUAUGUUAAUUUUGUACAGUUUAAAAAAAAGUUCCUUUAGAUUAUUAUUUAUCGCUUCCUGAUUUAAGUCUGUCAGUUUUUUAAGGAAUCACUCUAUCUUUAUAACCUUUGUAUUCAUAGCCUUAAAUUACUAAAAAGGUGGGCUUAAAGGAUUUUGAAUUAAUCAAAUGUAUAGGUGUAGGAGGGUUUUCAAGAGUAUAUUUAGUUAGAAAGAAAGAUAAUGGUAUAUUUUAUGCACUUAAAUUGAUUGAUAAAAAAUUUAUUAUGGAUAACAAAAAAGAAAUUAUAGUAUAAAAUGAAAGAGAUAUAAUGGUGAAAAUGGAGAAUCAGUAUAUAAUACCUUUACAUUAUGCAUUUGAAUCAAAAUUUUAUAUAGCAUUUGUUUUAGAAUAUUGUGCAGGAGGAGAGUUAUUUUAUCAUUUAAGAAAAUUAAAAAAAUUAAAUGAAAAAGAUGCUAAAUAUUAUUUUGUUGAAAUAUGUAUCGGAAUGGCUUAUUUACAUUCUUAAAAUAUUGUAUAUAGAGAUAUAAAACCAGAAAAUAUUUUAUUAGACUUAUAAGGUCAUUUAAUGUUAAGUGAUUUUGGACUAUCGAAACCAGAUAUGACAUCUGAAGAUUUUGCAUAUUCAUUUUGUGGUUCACCUGAAUAUAUGGCACCUGAAAUGCUUAUGAAGACAGGUCAUAAUUAUUUAGUUGAUUGCUAUUGUUUAGGAGCAUUGCUUUAUGAAUUAAUUUCAGGCUUGCCUCCUUAUUAUUCUCAUAAUACAUAAGAAAUUUAUAAUUCAAUUUUAACAGAAAAUAUUUAAUUUCCUGAUUAUGUUUAAAUAUCAGAAGAAUUAAAAGAUUUGAUUAUUUCACUACUUUAAAAAGAUCCAACAGAAAGAUUAGGAUAAAAAGAGGGUGUUAUUGAAAUUCUUUCUCAUCCUUGGUUUGCUGAUGUUGAUUUUGAAAAAAUAGUUAAUAGAUAAUUAUAAACUCCAUAUAAACCAGAACCUUUAAAAUAUAAUUUUGAUGAAGAAGAAUUUAAUAAAGGAGAUGCAGAAUUCAGGAAAUAAUUUACAAUCAAUAUGCAAUUCGAAUUUCUAGUAAUUUCUAUCAUAUCCAUUUUAUUAGAAUGUCGAUACAGCUAAAUAUUAGCUAUUAAACUUUUACUAUUAAAAGGUUCAAAUUUAAGAGUAUAAGAAUAGAAAAAAUGUAGUGAAUGUCAAUAAAUUAUAAUCUGAUUUUUUAUAAAAAGAAUCGUUAUCUCCUUCAAAAUAACUAUUAAAUAAAGCUAAGGUAAAAAUACUUAUUUUGAUUUAGCAUUCUCCUUAAGAAAGUAAAAAAUUAUUAAAAACAAAUAUUAAAAAUGAAACUCAUGAUUAUUUUAAGAAGCAUAAUCUUUUGACUAAGUCUUCUUAAAUAAUUUAAGAAUCUCUCAAUAAGGGUCAAGGAUUUUCGAAAACAUAAUAAUAAUCUCAAAUGUCUAUUUAAGAAUUAAAAGUAAUUAAUUCUUCAUAUUGCAAGAAAUUGAAACUUUUGUUUGAUUAAUCAAAAUAAUUAUUGAGUUCAGACAGAUUAACAACAAUUCCUGAUUAAAAUCAAAAAAAUCAUAUUGAAAGAAUUAAAACAGAGUAAUUUGGUAAUUUAUCAUCUCCUAAAACUACAACUCACAGCACUGUUAAUAAAUUAGCUAACUAUUAGAAGUUAUUUGGAUCAGAAAAGAGAAAAAAAUGA